AUGUUUGCCUGUCUGCGCAGCAUUUACGAGGAGCAGACCGCGCCGCCAUCGAAACCCGGUUUAAUACCUUCUCCAUCUACAGAACGGCGGUUACGGCGUGCCGUGUUUGCCGCGGUGUCAUCGAGCGAGCGCCGUCUCACUCAACUUCAUGAGGAGCGAGAAAGGAAAUCGGAAGGGGGUGUUGUUGCCGCUGAGGACCGCAAUUCGAUAGAGCGACGCCUGACGCAAUUCAUCGCCCACACUGUGCAGGAUCACCUGCGAGCUGUCAAACUCGAGUCCACGCUCGUCGCUCAUUCUUGCAAGCAACAGAGAAACAACGAGGACGGCGGAGACGAGUCCGCUGCAGGAGAUCAGGCAGCACUUCUGUGCAGUGCGGAGGAAUUGGCGCAGCUGCUCUGGAUGAACCGCACCAUGGCGCUUGGCGCCACAAUAUCUAUAAUAGAGGGGAAGUGCCCCGCCAACGAGGCCUUGCUUGAGGCCGUUCGGCAGCCAGCGGAGAGACGAGCACCGGACGUGAGGGAAACUAUUCUUUGCGUGCGGAACUCAUCCCCAGCGCUGCGGGCUGUCUUGUUGGAUGGACCGAUGAUUGCCGCCGGAACCCAUGUCGAAGGAGGGAAGGGAAAAGAUGUCCUACCAAUGGAGCAUGAGGAUGGCGACGCAGAAACUGCGCCGGAUCAUCAUCUUCAUCCGAAUCCUCAGAGCGAGGCGGGGGUUAAGAGGUUGCGGACAGACACGGAGGAGACCAGCGGUUUGAAAGGGCGGCGCUUGGGCAAGCGGCAGCCCUUUGCACUAAAAGUCGAUGGAGGCCUUCUUCGCUCAUUCCAGGACGAUCCAGCAUUGCCCACAGUCAGUCCGUCGCGGGGGAAUCCGAUCAGCAACAACACCAUUCAGCAGAAGCAGCAGCCAUUGGAGACUCAGCGGGAGCCAGAAGCCGCACUUCAAGGCGACAUUAAUUUGCAGGCCACCUCCCAAGCCAAUUGCCAAAUGAAACUAGGUUUGGACUGCGGCGGCAAACUCUCAUUCGCACAAGCGCCGGCCAUAUCUUCAUUACACACAUCGGGUUUAGCAUCCGGACCCUCACCAUUUACCGUUGGCAGCGAGGCGCCGCGGCUGCAGCCCUCUUUUACUUCUCAACCAACCGCACCACCGCUCUUCGCCAUCGAGCAGAGACCGCAUCCAUUACCUGAAGGAUGGCUGACGGACGAGAGCGUUGAAAAGGCUGCCGCGGAAGGAGUGAAACGCGGCAUAAAUGCAAGAGAGCCCCGUGGUGGAAUUCGUGCAGUGAUCUCAAAGAGGCGACUGGAUGAAACUGGGGAGGCUCAUGCCAAAGUGGGAGGGCAAAACAACGGCGGAUUCGUUACUGCGGGUGAGCAGCUGGUGGCGGAUGUGAGGGCUGGAAGAACUGCGCCCUCGAGUCUCUCGUUGCAGCGCCGAACACCCGCGUUGGGUCUACGGCGUUCCAGCUUCACACCUCCGUUUCAACAACAGCGGCAGUCGACACCGCCCCCAAAAAGUGAUGCUCCGAGCGCAACAACAGGCGUAUCUUCGGCAACGUUCGUUGGUGAGGUGUUGAGUUCGAUUCACAAGAAUUCCACGAAGGGGUCCCACGACUCAACGACGCGAGGGGUGCGUGGCGGUCACGGCACUGCAGAAGACCGCGACGACAGCGACAGUGAGUGCAGUGAGUUUCCGGCGUCGUUGCUUCUUCCGGAUGGAUCUGUGCCGCCUAUUUUAAAGCCUCUCGACCCAAAGCUUGUAACCCAAGUUGCGAUGGAAAUCCUGGAACACGGGGCCGGGGCUGCGAACGUGGGAUGGGACGACAUCGCGGGACUUGAGCAUGCGAAGCGAAGUGUGGAGGAGGCAAUCGUGUGGCCACUACGCCGGCCCGAUCUCUUUGUGGGACUGCGUGAUCCACCACGCGGACUACUGCUGUUUGGUCCGCCGGGAACAGGGAAGACAAUGAUCGCCCGCGCCAUUGCCAAUCGUGCGCAGUGCACUUUUUUGAACAUUAGUGCCUCCUCUCUGAUGUCAAAGUGGAUGGGCGAUGGGGAAAAGUUGGUGCGAUGCCUGUUUGCGGUGGCCGUCGUGAAGCAGCCGAGUGUAAUAUUUAUUGAUGAAAUUGACUCUCUGCUCUCGAUGCGGGGUGAGGGGGAAAUGGAUUCCGUUCGGCGCAUCAAGACGGAAUUUCUUGUGCAGCUAGACGGUGUGGCGACGGAUCGAGGCGAUCGCGUCCUUCUCAUUGGCGCCACAAAUCGACCUGAUGAGUUGGACGAGGCUGCACGACGACGAAUGGAAAAGCGACUGUACAUUCCUCUUCCCGACGGCCCAGCACGUAUCGAACUUGUCAAACGACUUCUUCAUACGAUGGAGGCACAACAACAACAACAACAAGAGCAGGAGAACCAUUCAGAAAAGGGGAAAGUUGAGGAACAUACGGGAUACGUCGUACACGCGUUAGCUGAAAAGGACAUUGCGGAAGUCGCAGCAUCCACGGCGGGUUACUCCGGGGCAGAUCUCAAGCAGGUUUGCCGGGAGGCUGCGAUGGGGCCAUUGCGGGAGGUCACGGUGCGGCUCACAGAUGUUUCUCUCCAUGAUCUGCGGCCCAUUCAACGAAAAGACUUUGUUCAGGCGUUGAAGCGCAUCCGUCCGAGUGUGGGGGCCUCUGAGGUGAUGCGAUAUGUGGACUGGAACAGACAGUUUGGCUCCUUUGCGUCACAAACAGACGAAGCCACAGAAGAGGAGGCAAACGAACCCGUUACAACAAUGCAAUAG